AUGAUAAGAUUGAUAUCAUCAAAUCACCAUUUUGUCGUACUCGUAUUAUUUUCUUUAUUAAUAUCUUCCUGCAAUACUAGCAAUCAUCUUAGAGAACAUAUUCAAUGUAUUUUUUAUAAGAUAUUUUAGAACAUCAGAAUAAGCAUUUGUAAUAAAGAUAAUAGACCUAAGACCCUUAUGCAUAUCAAAUAUUUGGAGUGUUAAUAAUUUUUGUGGCUACCAUUCUGUUGUGGUAUAAUGAAAGAAGGUUAUUAUUCAUAACUUAACAGACAUAGAUAGGCAAUCACAGAAUAUAGACUAAACGAAGCAAAAAGAUAAUGCACAUCAGUUAGCUCACUCGAAGCUAAUCCUAAUCUAAAUAAUUAAUUAAUUCACACUAGUGGUAAGAAAUUUUUCAUCUAUAUUAUUUUAAUAGGCAGAACUACUACCAAUGAUCUUGUUGUUGAUGCUGCUUUUGGUGUGUCGUUGAAGGAUUGUAUUACACUAAAUAGAGUAGUGGAAAUGUAUUAAUGGGUUCGCAAAACAAAAGAAGAAAAUAAUUCAACUGUUUAUUAUUAUGUAAAAGAAUGGAGCGCAAUUUUUCAUUCAGAUUGUGAUGAAGAACACAGUAAUAACAAAAAUUAUUGGAUUGUUGAAUCAGAGACAUAAUUUAAUAAGAAUGUUCGUCUUGGUGCUUAUUUGAUGAGUUAUUCCUUGGCACUACAAAUAACAGAAGAAAGAAUUCAUAUGCAUAUUCGUAAUGCAUUAAAUACUGCCAAUUUCUAUGGAUUUAAAAAGGGAUUCAUUUGUUAGUAACCUUUAUCAAUAUAAUAGCGAAAACUCCGAACUAUAUAUAUAUUUCUAAUAACAGAAAGGGGUUUAAACAUUGAAUGAUUUGAGAGUCUCUUUCUUUGCAAGAAAAACUGGACCUACAACUGUAAUUACUUAUUUGUAGAAUGAUGAAUUCACACCUUUUGUCUUUCAAGAUAGAUAUAAUUAGACUGUGGCUAGGGAUUAAAAUUUUUUAAAUUAAGAUCAUUCCUAAUUCAAAUGUACUGACUGCUGUUGCUAUUGUUGCAACUCUUUUAGAUCAGCUGAAAUACCUCUCACUGAUAUUAAUUGGAUCUAUCAAUCAAUUUUGACAUUAGAUGAAGUUUUUCAAUAAAAAGUAGAUCAAAAUUAAUUUACAACAACAUCAUUAAGAUUGGGAGGAUAUAUAAUAAUGGUAAUAUCAAUUAUUUAUUUUUUAUAGGGAGUUGGAUUCGGGGUUAUAAUAUUCCCUGUCGCAGGGCUACUUUAAGCUUUCCCACUUAUGGGAAACUUUUUAGCUUAGAUAACUGGAUAUAUCUUUUUAAUAGUCAGUCUGAUAAUUUCUAUUCCAUUUACCCUUUUAGUCAUUGCUUUCGCUUGGCUAUUUCAUCAUCCAAAAUAUGGUUUCGCUUUAAUAGGGCUUUCUGCUCUAAUCACUACAGGGAUAUAUCUUUACAUUAAAUAUUUAAGUUGA